AGACCGGUAGGACCCUAUCGCAUCAGCACCCUCGCAACUCACAACCAAUGCAAUAACGGACAAACCCUCUCUGCCUGCUUUACCGGAGAUAAAGACUGUCAUUGAAUAUCCUUCAAAAUCCACAAUUAUCACAGAGCCGUCUCCUCUACCCGACCACCUUCUUUUCUGAUAUCCCCCUCCAUUCGAGAGAGAACUCACAUCCAGCAUUCCUCGCUGCUUGGAUCUCCUCCGGAUACGCACCCCACCUCCGCACACUUUUCUCCCUAAAUCAGUAGCUCUAUUUUCGCUCGGGUUUACCAGCUUCCUACCGCACCCCCUCCACCUCUCACAUAGCCGGGGAUGAGAUAAGCCCCUUUCACCAAUCGUGUUGUCAUGAGCUCCCAUCCCUCCCCUCCCUCUCGCCCAGCCCCCAGUCCUCCCGCGAGGCUUGUCUAUCCCCAUGUUCAUGACCUUGUAGCUCGCACUGCUGGUCUUCGACCAGGCGAUCGUUCGGUACACAUUAUUAUACCCUUGUGGGAUUUUUUUUGUUUUGCUCAGGUUUGGCUGAUCGCGCCGCAGAUUAGGGCAUGGCUCGAGGUUGCCGUUCGAUCUUGGCACUGUGCUAGGGCUCAUCUGAAUUUUAAACGUCAAGAUGCAGCAUAUGUUGACUAUCUUCUUGCAUUCGAAAUUGUGGCCGACGUUAUCCCGAGGUGCCAGGAUUUUCCUACUUUCAAAUCCACGGCCGGUCUCCUUUACCAAGAUUUCGAAACAUUGAGAAAGGUGAUUUAAUUCCAAGCGGGCGUCCCCCCUUCUGACAACGCUAAAUUACUUUCCAUUACCCAGGAGUUGGUGCAAAAGAUUCCCGAGUUUGACAAAGUUAAAGAGGAGAUCAAGAAAAAUAACAAACUCUCCGGAGUUGCCAGUGCCCAAGCUCAACUGGAAGCAGAGGCGCAGUUGCGUGCAGCAGAGUCUUCGUCCGGCAGUGGCGGAAAUGCACCUGCCGGGUCGAAGAAGCCCGUAGUUAAACCCAAGCCUGGCAUUUUGUCCUCCAACCCAUCCCAAGGUAAUCAGCAAAGCUUCAAUUAAACAGGUUUCCCUUGGUUAUGCUGAUGGUAUUGUAGUACCACAAGGUACGGCUUCGUGCAGCGACAGCGAGGCCGGAGGUUCUAGCUCAAGAACUGGGGAAGCUGGUCCGGAUGACUUGGAUCUGGAGGCCCGAUUUAAGAAGCUCUCCAUGCCAUCUGGCCGGCCAACUGGGCUCUCUGGCCCCCAGCGUAAUAGACAGUCGGCAUCUGCAAACCUCCACGGUCCAAGGGAAACUCCCGCGACCCUGCCGCCACUGGAUGCCAAUGCGAUGCCCAAACUCCCGGCUCCAAUAUAUUCACCAGCAACCAGUUUCACGUCUCCCACCGGGAUACCACCACAUCGAAGUUCUUCUCGUCCCCCCCUACCUACCCGGAUCCCAACUGAGUCGGGGAGCGCUGGGCCACGGCCUGCGGCUCCCAAGGAAACUACGAUCUCAGUCAAUACACUCUGUAGCUACCUCCAGGAUCCAGAAGUAUCUGUACUACUGCUUGACGUCCGUCCCCGAAGUGAAUUUAUGGAUGGGCAUAUAUACACGCGGUCUAUAGUUUGCGUCGAGCCUAUAAUAUUACGUGAGGGGUAGGGUCUUCCCUUCGUGCACGUUCGCAGAUUUGCUGAAAUAUUUCAAUGAUAGGAUGUCUGGAGAUGACCUAGACGCUACGUUCGUCCUCGAGCCCGUCAAGGAACAGGACUUGUUCAGCAAAAGGCAUGAUUAUGAUUUCGUGGUUUACUAUGACCAGUCCACCUCAAGCAAUAGCUUCCUCAGUGGAUCAACGAACGAUCAGCAUCUUAUCACAUUACGGAGCCUACACUUAGCAAUGGAUGACUAUACCUUUGGAAAACGACUUAAAAAUCCCCCGCUUUUGCUAACCGGGGGGCUUGAAGCAUGGAUAAAUUUGGUUGGAAAGCAAGCAUUGAAAGUUAUCGAUCCCGAAGCACCCACAAUAAUUCAUUCAGAUGCGAGACACCCAGCCCCGCCUGGCAGAGAAUCUGGGUCACUGGAGCGACCACGCAGCCGACUGAGCACCGACGGGGGGAACCCAUCCCACAGAAGCUCAGUCCCGUCUCUAGCUCAGAGACGACAGGAUCGUGAUUUGCAAAAAAGAUCGUUAUUGCCUCCUCUGAAUAGGCAAACAUAUAAGAAGAGCGAGGAAUCUGCACACAUCUACGCAAUAGACAUCGAAGAGGAGAAAAGGUGGAUGGAGAGAUUACAGAAGGAGCGGGAACCUGUGACGAUGAGCGCUAUUUCAUCUGCGGAUGAAAUAGAUACAAAGAAGCGGAGAAGAGGCACAUCCAUCAUGGCGUCUAGUGAUGUACCACACGUGCGAACAGUGGAAGAAUUCGUAAGCUCUGGCCUUAUCCCUUCCACCCCAGUACGUGUUGCUGAAUUAAACUAGUUCCAACGUUACCCUGCAACUCCCCAUACUCAGCAAUCCAUGGUUUCCCCAGGUUUGUCCACCCCUCAGCACGAUCGCUUCCCGACAUCUUUAACCAGGAGGCCAACUAUCAUCGAUCAUCCCUUUCACGGAUUUACCGACGUUCGUAAUCCUGAAUUCAAUCCCCCGCCUUCCCCAGCCCGUCCCCCACCUGCCGUCCCUCGGAGAAGCUAUAGUGGUGUGUCUGAGCGCCUUGCCCCGGCCCUACCUCCGCCUCCACUGCCGGCUCCUGAAAGACCUCCUAAAAUUCCAGUGGCGACAAACAAGUCGCUACUCCCACCAUUCGCAGGCAUGGGCACAGUAAACAUUGGCACUACAGGGCUUAAGAAUUUGGGUAAUACGUGUUAUAUGAAUGCUGUUUUGCAAUGCAUGAGUGGGACUAUUCCGCUAUCGAGGUAUUUCUUGGACGGUAGUUAUAAGAGCCAUGUCAGUAAGGAUAAUCCCUUAGGGUCUCGUGGGGUUUUAGCCGAGGCAUUUGCAGCGAUUGUCAGACAUCUAUGGAGUGGUGAAUAUAGUUUCAUUUCACCUGUUACCAUAAAGGUAUGUUCAAAUCCCGGCAUUAACGAGAUGUUAAGGCUCAUUGUUUCGCAGGAUGUAGCUGGCCGCUUGAAUGAGAUGUUUCGCAACAACGAUCAGCAGGAUGCCCAGGAAUUUCUUGAAUUUCUUUUGGACGGAUUGCACGAGGAUCUCAAUCCCUACGCAAAUCGUGGGAAAUUUAGACCUCUCAAUGACGACGAGGAGCGCCGUCGGGAGAGGCUAUCAGUUCAACUAGCAUCUGUUAUUGAAUGGGAGCGAUAUACUCAUCACAAUUAUUCGGUCGUUGUGAAUUGGUUUCAGGGGCAAUUGAGUAGUAAGCUUUCAUGUUUGACAUGCGGCAGAACGUCGACAACCUAUUCUCCUUUCAUGUACCUUUCUCUGCCGAUACCUGCUAUGAAGAGCAAUAACUUCACGCUCCACGACUGCUUAGAAGAGUUUGUCAGUGAAGAAACGCUAGAAGGUGAUGACGCUUGGCAUUGCCCACAGUGCAAAAGGGCUCAGAAAGCGACAAAGAAGCUAACUAUUACUCGACUCCCACACAUCCUGAUCAUCCACCUCAAGCGCUUCACGAACAGAGGCCCGUGGAGAGACAAACUUAACACUUUUGUUGACAUUCCUCUCCACCAUUUGGACCUGACGAGAUAUAUGCCCCCACCCUUGGCCAGUGACGAGUUGCCACGGACGCUCCCCCCACCAACAGCCGAGACGACUCCACCUUUCUUCUACGAUUUGUAUGCUGUCUGUAAUCACUAUGGCACGAUAAAUGGAGGGCACUAUACUGCUGUGGUUCGAAGCUCGUACAAGAGCGGUUGGAAUUCAUUCGAUGAUAGUAAAGCAACCUUAAUAGAAGAGGAAAGAGUAGUGGUAAGCCUAAUUCACGACUCCUAGCUUAUAGGGAUCAUUAUUAACACUGACUAGACCCGAAACGCAUAUGUCCUGUUUUGGGUUCGUGGAAAUGUAAUGUGAAGGCAUCAUGUCCGUAUGCGAUAGCGAAAUAUACACGCUAUGCUCCUUACGGCGUCUAUUUUUGUAAAGCGCUAUCUUUUUGCUCUGCCAUUUUUUCCUUGUUUUUUCCUCAUUCCAGGGGCCAGAUACAUGGAUUUCUCUCACUUUUUCCUCUUUUUCUCACACUUUCUCGUGCUCCCGACCUAAGGAGCCAUUCAUUGUAUGUCUCUUGCCCGAUGUUUUUCUUUUUCCUUUUCAUUUCAGCAUUAUUACCAUACGCUUUGCUAACCUCCAUUUUCCCCGUUGGAGAUUCGGGAUUCGAGGCGCGGUCUUAUGUAUAUAGUAUCAUACGGUACAUCUGUUCACGAGAGGCGUGUGGAGGAGUGGUAGGCUCUUGGCUGUGGUGGAUUUGGCUUCAGUCCAUUUCAUGCAAAUCGUAAAUCGGAGAAUUACUUGCUGUAUCUGAUGGUAGAGCGUUGUGGGACUGUUUUUAUGUAUUUGCAGAGAAGGAACGAUUUAGCCUUAGGGUGAAUACCGCGAUACCGGCAAGUGAUUUUGAGCACGAUUCGGUCCUCAUUCACCGUGCGAGGGCGAUUAGUUGUGGCAGCAAUGGGUUUACUGUGGGUCUUGGCUGUAAUUGAGAAGCUGCGAUUCCUCUGAUGUCAAUAGGUGGAGAACAAGGUAUGGUUGAUGCAAUCCAAAACGUAUAAGCUAGCCAUUCCAGUUCCCGGCCACCCCCGGAUUCCCGCCAUUCAAAUACAACAAAGUCAAAUUCAUGAACUUCAUCCUUCUACAACAACAACGAGCAUGUAAAAUUACAUUGAAUGACUUAA